GCGAACAACUUCGCGAAUGUCGAGCGAGUUGAGGAUUAGAAUGAGACAAGGAGAAUCGUUGAUAGAUACGAUGAAGCAGCUUUCAUACGACGCUGUACUUGAAGGAGAAAAGAUAUUGAAACGAGUGGAAGGCGUUGGAGACUCAAUAACUAACUGAUUUAUUGGUGAAAAUUGUCGAGAUGAAAAUGGUUAUUUCAAUGAUUUCAUCACAAAUAUGACAAAAGUCAUUGCAGCUUGGUCUAGAGUCGGGCAACAAUGUCGAACAGCUGAUCAAUGUUGCAAGCAUGAUUUUGGAGGAGAAUGCAUGCACCCUCAAGUUAGCAUACCUACAAAUACUGCGAGGUAGAGUCAGGAUGCUAGACGGAAGGUUGCAAGAAGCCAUCGAAUGCUUCUUGGAGAGUGCAAGUAUGCUGAGAAGUAGCGGGCAAAGAGAAUCUUUGAACCUGGCAAAUUGGUAUUGAUAAGAUCGCAUUUUGUUGCAAUCAAAGAUUUUCUGCAGUUUUUGGUUUCUCAGCAUUUCUCGCAACCUAUCUAAGCAGGAGUUUGUGCAUGAUCUUCGCACCUCCCUCGAAAUGUACAAGACAUUAGGAACAUCAAGAAUGUGUAUGUUGUGUGCAUCAAGGAUCUCAGGGGCUUGUUAUACUUGUUUAGAAUGUUAUCAAGUAGAUUACUGCAAAGAUUGUUAUGCAGAAUGUGCGAUGAAUGGAAAGGUCUUGUCACAAGACAUCCAGUAUGUUGAGAGCUGCCCGCCCCUUAUGAAGAUCAUCAAUGAAACUGCUCGCUUUUAUUUUGAAAAA